GUCAAAAUGGCAGCUGCGGAAGUUUUUAUUUCAAAAAAACAACAACAAAACUUUGAAGAAACUGAUCUGACUGUUCUUGGCUAUCAUAAUGAUACACCUGAAAUAACAACAGCUCGUCGUCUGCCCCCACAUGGGGGAAAAACUAGGAAACGAAAGUCAGCACCUAAAACUUGGGCACAGAAUGUGAGAAAGCAGCUAAGACAAUCUGAUCAGCCGUAUAAAAAUAGAAAGGGAGAAAAUGUUCCAUGCAAGUCUGUAACCAAAAAGAAAGACUGUCUAAAUUCUUGUAAAUUCAGAUGCGCACAAAAUAUUAGUGAUGAAGAAAGAAAACGUAUAUUUGCUGAUUUUUGGUCUAUGGACGACAUGCAAAAGAGACAUUUCUACAGUCGAACCACUGAACGACUUCAGAAGAAACGUCCAUUGAACUAUCAAUGAAAAUUCGCGAAAAGCGUAUUCAUUUUAUUAUAGCUUUUUUGUUGGUGAUUUGCUAACUCGAGUUUGUAAAAAAUUUUACCUCACAACUUUAAAUAUAAGUAGUAGAAGAGUUUAUUAUCAUCAUGAAAAAAAAAAUGAUACUACUGGAAGCCCAGCCCUUU